AUGGAUUCUGCCACAGCAGAAGCAACCAAAACCGCACAAGCCCAAUACAAAAUCGUCGACAAAGUCCACAACUUCGAAAAAGUCCUCGCCCACCGCCCCGACUUCGACCACUCCAACGCCCCCAUCGAAGUAACCAAGAACCCUGAUCCGGACUGGCACUACGGUAAAGGCGUCGCCGGCCACGACCCACACGUUAAACACAUCGAAGUCGACCCGUACGCCCCCGACCGGCCCACGGUCAACAACUACCGCCUCCUCAUCUCGGGCAUCGCGCCGCGUCCCAUCGGCUUCAUCAGCACCGUAUCCGGCGACAGCAGCGUGACUAAAAACCUAUCGCCAUUCAGCUACUUCCAGGUCAUCGACCACGACCCACCCAUGUUCAUCGUCGGCUUCUCCGCGCGGCCCGGCUGCGAGAAAGACACGUACCGCAACCUCAAAGAGACGGGCGAGUGCGUCAUCAACGCCGUGUCGGAGAACAUGGUCGAGGCCGUCAACGCGACCGCCAUCGACGCGCCGUACGGCGUGUCCGAGUGGGAUAUUUCCGGGUUGCACGAGGCGCCGGCGUCGACGGUGCGGCCGGCGCGGGUGCGGGAGUCGGUGUUUAGCGUCGAGGGCAAGGUGGUUGAUGUUAAGGAGUUUCGGGAUCAUCAGCGGGAGGGCAUGAGUGUGGCGGGGAUGGUGUUGAUUAAGGCGACGCGGUUCUGGGUGCGCGAGGAUGCGGCGGAUAAGGAUGUGAGCCAUAUUGAUAUCAAUAAGUUGAGGCCGCUUGGGCAGCUGGGUGGCAUGGCGUAUGGGCGGAUUACGUCGACUUUUGAGCUGCCGAGGAAGCAUUGGGGGGAUGAGUGUUCGAAGAGUGAGUUUCUUUCUGCUUUGGAUAAGGCGAGGGAGGAUAUGUAG